AGGUCAGAGCGCUCGCAGCUGGUGGGUUUGCCGGGGCCCUUCGGCAUCCAGCGAGGGGUGGUAUGCACAAGGACAAGGAGAGUGCUGCCUCAGCAGGCUCCUGCUCCUCUCCCCUCCCUAGAGCCCCAGGCUUGGCACUUGGGCACCGUUGGGAGGUUGCUGAGCAGGGCACGGCUGCGUGCGGCUGGUUAUCUCAAGCAGGGGAGGAAAGCUAGCUAGCAGUAUCUUGGGACCUGAUCACAGUGCAGUCUAGCUACCCCUUCUGAGUCAGCUUAAUCGCUUUACAAAGAGCCCAUGAUCCAAGAGUGUGUGUAGCAGGCUGAGGACUUCUUGCAGGGUUCUCUUCACUGGGUCUUAACCAAACCAAACUGGGGACUUCUUCAUAGCUCUGCAUUUGAUAGCUGAAGGAAGUAAAAUUGAGCUUCCCCUGAAACAAGCUACCUUUAGCAUGUGUUACGGUGCUGGCAUUGUCUUCUGUUCAUAGCAUGAUUUAACUGCUAAGACUUCACUGCCUUUCAGAAGAACUGGGUGUUUGCCUUUUUUCCGUUCUGAUGCUUGGUUUCCAUCAGGUUGCCAAAGGGUGCCUGGCAGGUGGCAAUGAGAACCUCUUAGUGCCACUGAAACUAGCUCUUGUGGAGAUGCUUUGAAAGCAGCUGGUUCUGCUUCACAGACCUCAUAAGAAUAUGGGUAAACAUGUUGCAGCAAUACCUGCAUUCAGCUUGUCAGAAGGUUUUGCUACCUCAGUUCAUUGAACAUUUCAGGCUGUGUUGGUAGGGUAAAGGUGAAGUUACUGUAGCUGUCAGUCUUUAGACUCUAGUGCUGGGGGAGAAGGGUGGGGAAUUGCUGCACGUUCCUCCAGUGACACAAGUCAGAUAUGAAAAAGCUGCUCGUCUGUUAGGGUAGGCAGUCUGUUCUGAGAGAAGAUUGUAGCACGAGGUCUGGUCCUGAACAGUUGCUGGAACAAGAUUUCCUCCCUUAGUUCUUCCAUGGAAACUCCAGUGUCAGGUCGGAGGUUCUUUUGCUCUGCAGGCUGCUGUGAAGCUCUCUUGUAGAUCAAAAUGGAGUGGACUCAGGGGAAAAAAACAGCUUUCUCUGUAUUGUGAGCCCUGGUUCCAGCGCAUGGCCCUGGGAGGGCUGUGUUCCUGAAAUAGUCGCUUGAGGGGGAGGGAAUGGCUGGCUCUGAGUUGCCUGGCAAGUGCUUGCUUGAUUCUGAAGGGCUUUGGUGCUUAUGCUCUGUCCUGAAUAGGGAAGAUGGGUGUUGUGAUGCCUCCUUCUCAGGGGACUUGGUUUUCUAAACACACCUUUGGGUUUCAAUUAGGUGCUGAAAUAGUAUCUGGCUUCCAAAGAAACCUGCAAAUUAACGACCUCUCUUCACUACAGACAAACCUCCCAAUCUUCAAAUUGAAGGAGUCAUGUGUGAGGAGACGAUAUAGUGACUUUGAAUGGCUGAAGAAUGAGCUGGAACGAGACAGUAAGAUUGUAGUGCCACCGCUGCCUGGAAAAGCUUUGAAACGACAGCUUCCCUUCCGAGGAGACGAAGGCAUCUUUGAGGAGUCCUUCAUUGAGGAGCGGAGACAGGGACUAGAACAGUUUAUUAACAAAAUUGCUGGACACCCACUGGCACAGAACGAGCGCUGCUUACAUAUGUUCCUGCAAGAGGAGACUAUCGAUAGGAAUUACGUCCCAGGGAAAGUGCGCCAGUAGGAGCACCUGGCACUCUCUUCCUCCAUUCCACCCUCCCUCCUGCAAAAAUGACAUUUAUUUUUACACUAAAUCUGUCUUCUCUGAACCAGCUUUUCCUCUCUUGAACCUUCCAGUUUGUUCAGUAUUUUCCUCUUUUGUAACUGGCAGCAGCUUGUUCCACUGGGCUGUGGUCUUGGCCUAAAGGUAUGAAGAUUUAUGCAAGUGAGUGUGUUGUCCCACACCUCGGGGCAGAUGUGAAUAGGUGUGGAGCAGGAGCUUGCUUAUGGCGUUAUGGCGUAGGAGCUGCCUCUCUCCCUGUACAGGAAGGUAUGAGAUGACCUUCACUCCCCUGUCUGUGCAGCCCCAAGCAUCUCUGCAGGAGACUCUGAAGAAUAGCAGUUGUCAUGUUGGUCAGUGAUCGCAUCAGGUAUUAGAGUUUUAGUAAGGCUUAUCCAAAACAGUGAGUAGGUGCCUGGGUGUGUUGGUCUCUUGUCCACCCCAUUCACCCUGCAUGAAACCCCCAUUCUUCACUGUCUGGAAGCGCUGAGACCCAAGACCUACUCUAACCCUGCUCUCAGCCUCCUGCAUUACAGACCCGUUCGAUGUAUUCGUGUUAAUCCCCCUCCUUUCUAACGUGCUGCUGGCAGCUUGAGGGGUUUCCAUGAUGUGUGCUCUCAUGAUGCUCUGUGUGGGCAGUUUGCCGUGUGGAAGCUGGGGUAGCCUGGGCUGUAGCGUGUGUGCUGUGAUGCCUUGGCCCAGCAUUUAAAAAAGGCCACAGCUUGCUCUGCUGCAGGCUGGUGUGGUGGUGUUUCCAGCAGCAUCCUGCUCAGCUGAGCCGUGGUGACCUUAUCCUGCGCCCCAGCUGCCGAGGGGAGGACACGGGUCUGGCUGAGGAGGAGCAGGAGAGGCCUGGUGGGGGCUGUUGUAGUGUGCGGCUGUGACGACUGCCGCAGGAGGAGCCCAGCAGUGGGGCCUGGGGUGAGGCCACCUCUCCGGAAAGGGAUGGCAUAAAAUGGUCAGUUAGUCCUGGGUUAGACAGUUGCUUAUGAAGCAGGAGAAGUCACAGUGGCUUUUUGCGUGUUCUCCUCUGUUCUGCAGUGAGCUAAGCAGUUACUUGUGUGGAAACAAGGACACAACUGGUCAGGGAAGUGUUCAGAGCUGGAGGGGGACCGUGAGGCUGUGACUUGCUGCAGCAGAACUGUCCUUUGGAGAUUCCUUCGGCUGCCACAGCUGCAAUGAGCAAGGUUGGGCCUCAGCUCAGGGGCUCCUCAGGUCAGGGCUGGCUGGUUUAUAAGCACUUGGUCACUUUGCGGUGGCACAGUCGAGCCUGUCUUGGAGCGCAGUGGCUGCCCUCCCGUCCCUGCCAGGCACGUCCCCCAAGGCCUCCCUAACAUCUCCUGGGUUUUCUGGUGAGGAGCUGGUGCUGGGCGAGAGGUGGUUCUCGGGGAGGAGGAGAAGUCGCUGAAACCGGGAGGGCGCUGCUCCGGGGGCCGGCUCGGCCCGGGAAGGGCUGUGGGGGCAGCGUGGAGGCUGGUGCCGGCGGAGG